GUUGCAAACUUGAAUUAUCACUUUUAAGUUUUUCUACUCAGUAUCUCAGCCUGGGCACUCAGUUGCACUGAAACAUUCUAGAGCUCCAAGACUCCAGCAGAGAUGAAGGAGUUACCCGCAUUGCAGGAGUCUUCUGAUGCAGUCAAGUUAGGUGCAGGUCUCGAGCUGUGUCAUCAUACAGCUGAAGACUGCAGGCAGAUGGAGCAUUCCUUGCCAAGUUGUGUCAUGGAAGCUGUGAAGAUUGAGCCUCAUGAUGAGCAGCAAUCAAACUGUGACUCGGGGCUCCCAGCUGGCUUCCUUGAAGUGGAGAAAGAGGAACCUUUCUUCAUGGAAGAAGACAGUGCUACAGUUGCUGACUUCAAACCGUUCCAAAUUCCAUUCCUGGGCUUGGAUUCUCUCAAGGCAGAGCCUGUCGAGGCUGGGGCAUCUCCAUCCAUCCCCCAGGCUCCUCCACAAGUGUCAUGUCUGUGGCGCAGCUUUCUGCUCUAA